UGUGUUCAUGGUUUAAUGAGCGAGUGUUUUUCAGCAUCAUCAGUGAAGAUGAAGAAGAUGAAGAAAGGGAUCAUAGAGGAUGUUGGGGAGAUCCAGCAGAGCGGAGACUUCUUCAUUCGGCCGGAGGCUAAAGCUGCGACUCUGGACACAUCUCAGUGGCCUCUGCUGCUCAAGAACUUUGAUAAGCUGAACAUCCGCACCGCUCACUACACGCCGCUGCCCAACGGCAGCAACCCUCUGAAGAGGAACAUCCAGGACUAUGUCAGGACGGGCUUUAUCAACCUGGACAAGCCGGCGAACCCGUCGUCCCACGAGGUGGUGGCGUGGAUCCGGAGGAUUCUCCGGGUGGAUAAGACGGGGCACAGCGGCACGCUCGACCCCAAAGUGACGGGCUGUCUGAUCGUCUGCGUGGACCGAGCCACCCGGUUGGUCAAGUCUCAGCAGAGCGCAGGGAAAGAGUAUGUGGGAAUCGUUCGGCUGCACAAUGCCAUCGAGAGCGAGCACACGCUGGCCCGGGGUCUGGAGUCUCUGACCGGAGCUUUGUUCCAGAGACCACCUCUCAUCGCUGCUGUUAAGCGACAACUGAGAGUCAGAACUGUGUACGAGAGCAAACUGAUCGAGUACGACCCCGAGAGGAGGCUGGGUAUCUUCUGGGUCAGCUGUGAGGCAGGAACCUACAUCCGGACCCUCUGUGUUCACCUUGGCCUGAUGCUGGGGGUCGGAGGUCAGAUGCAGGAGCUGAGGAGGGUCCGCUCGGGAGUCCUGGGAGAGAAGGAUCACCUGGUGACGAUGCACGAUGUCCUGGACGCUCAGUGGCAGUUUGACCACAACAAAGACGAGACGUACCUGAGGAGAGUCAUCUUCCCCCUGGAGAAGCUGCUGGUGUCCUACAAGAGGCUGGUGAUGAAGGACAGCGCGGUGAACGCCAUCUGCUACGGAGCCAAGAUCAUGCUGCCAGGUGUGCUCAGGUACGAGGACGGCAUCGAGAUGAACCAGGACAUCGUGGUCAUCACCACCAAGGGGGAGGCCAUCUGCACAGGCGUGGCUCUGAUGACCACGGCGGUGAUCUCCACCUGUGACCACGGCGUGGUCGCUAAGAUCAAGAGGGUCAUCAUGGAGAGAGACACCUACCCCCGCAAGUGGGGGCUGGGCCCCAAGGCGAGUCAGAAGAAGAUGAUGAUCCAGAAAGGACUGCUCGACAAACACGGGAAAGCCAACGGCAGCACGCCCACCGCCUGGAAGGAGGGAUACACGGACUACAGCGCCUCCAAGGAGGCCGAGGCGUCGGGCGACGCGACCACUAAGAGGAAGAGAGAGGCCGAGAGCGACGGGGAAGCAGCGAGCGCUCCCUGCACGCCGUCUGCAGAGGAAGUGAAGAAGAAGAAGAAGAAGAAAGAGAAGAAGGCAAAACUGGAGGUGGAGGCGGAGCCAGUGGAGGCGGAGCCAGAGGAGGCAGAGCCAGAGGUUGUGGACAGUGCCAAGAAGAAGAAAAAGAAGAAGAAACAGAAAGACGACGAGACGUCGGAGUGACGGCGAGGAGCGCCCGCUGUCACUCGUCUGAAUGCAAAGCAUUCUGGGAGUUUUAUAAUGGACUGCAUGAAUGCAGAAAGAAAAGAGGACGCUUUUUUGUUUUUUAUACAUUUUAUUGUUUUCAUCUGUAAAUACCUGAACAGGAAGUCUGUUUGUAAUUUCAAAAUAAAAGUUUUUGUUUUCUGUAAC